GAACUUAGGGUGUGUUUGUUUCACUGAAAGUGUUUUACCGGAAAGUGUUUUCCGGAUUUUCAGCCGUUUGGUUCGCUAAAAAGGAUUUGGUCAACAGAAAACACUUUCUGGUCAACGUAUAUAUUACGUAUUAUUUUUUGAAAACGAUUUCCUCCGGCUGAAAAGGGGAAAACACUUUCCCUUUUUCAUUUUUCUCUCUGGCCUUUCACUUUUCCUCUCUGUACGCCGCUCUCGCCGCUCUCUCCCUUCGCUCUUUCGCUCUUCUUCAAUGACGCGCAUCUUCUUCGCCAUUGAAGGUCCAGAUCUUCUUCUUCAUCAUCGAAGGUCUGGCUCUUCUUCAACGACGCUCAACACGAUUCCAGCAAUUGAACUGAAACGCCCCUCAAAGCCUCUCUCUCUCGAUCCUCUGCGUAUUCCAGAAGCUUCUGCUCCGCUGAUCGGUGCCGGAAUCCGCCGCUUACCUUGCCACAUCCAGUGCUCUUCGGAUCGUGAUGUUCUUGCGUGCUUGAGCUUGGAAUCCGUGUGCUCCAUCAAUGGACUCAAGUUUAUUGACUGACAAAUUUCAGGUGGCUUAAUGACUCCGUUAGCUGUGUUAGGUUAUCUGCAUCUUACAGGGAAGUUAGAGUCGAGAAAAGUAUUCCGUCAGUGUUUUGAUCUUAAGAAGGAGCAAUUAGAGCAACUAGUGAUACAGUUGAUAUUGGAUCGAGUGUUGAAGUAUCUCCUUGAGCAACGGGCAGUUCUAAAUGUGGAUGGAGGGAAGCUGCUGAAUGAAGACAGCGACCUUAGAUCUGUUCUUCAGUACCUAUUGGAUGAUGUGUCAAGCUUCUUAUCAACUCAUGCACAGAGACAUGACAAUGAAAAUUCCAUAACAUUGACCACUAUUCAUCAGUCGAAAGGUCUAGAGUGGGACAUUGUUUUCAUAGUGGAGCAAUGGGCAAGACUAGAGAAGGGAAGUCCAAGCAUUUCAGAUGAUCAGGACCUACUAGCUUAUGAGGCUUCCAAAGGGAACAAACCUCCAGCCACCUUUAAACCAUCUUCCUUUGUUCGAGUUGCUCAAGUUAUAAAUGAGAAAUUUGGGAUUGAAUGUGAGCCUGAUCAUGUGGACAAUCAUCUUAGAACUAUUAAAAACAAUUGGGCUACCAUACAAAAAUUGCGGGUUAAGAGUGUAUUUCAGUGGGACCAUAACUUGAAGAUGAUCACGGUUGUUCGGAAGGAAGUUUAUGAUGAAGAAAUAACGGCACAUCCUACCCAUGAGAAGUACUUGAACAAGAAAAUUGAGAUGUACGAUGAACUUGCUUUGGUGGCUGGAAGAGACAUGGCCACAGGAUGCUUUGCAAAACAAUUUGGAGACAUCGACUUACCUUCUUUUGGUGAUUCAGACUUCUCAACUGAACUAGAUGAUGGUAAUGACAAUACUACAAAAGGAAUAGAAGAUCCUUCAAGAUUUAAUAGAAAGCGAAGUCGUGCCACUAACAAGGAUGAUAGGUUUGCAAUGCUCUCGGAGCAAAUUGGAGAGGUUGCUAAUGAAAUAAAAAAGAUGAGUCAAAAUCAAUUGGAUGUUGCUGAGCUCUAUAAAGAAGUGAUGGAGGUUGAAGGUUUUGAUGAAGCUACCCUUGCACAUGCCUUUGAUUAUCUAGUAGAUAAUGAGAGAGUUGCAACAAUUACUAGGUAG